AUUAUCAUGGCUGGGCGUGGCAGAGGAAGAGGUAAACCUUCUAUGUCAAUUAGCACAGAACAAUUGGGUUUUACUAAAGGAGAGGCAUUACCACCACCAGUGUUACAACCUCCACCAAAGUAUCCUUCUUUAGAAUACAAACCAAUGCCAUUAAUUAUUAAUACAGAAAUGAGUUAUCUGUUAGAAUUAAAGAGAGAAUAUGCAGAAUAUAUGAGAGAAUCAUCUAACAAUGUUUUACCUCUUGUAAUUAAAAAAGAUAUUGAGAGGUAUUCAGAUCGGUACCAAGAUUUGAUUACAGAUAAAAGUAGUUACGAGACUAGAUACGAUUGGAGCAGAAUGCCAGCAGAAUUAAAACCUCAGCUAAGAAAACGUAAAGGACAAAAAUUUGAGAAACCAUUGAAAAAGCAAAAAAAUGUUGAUGUUGAGUCAAAGUUACAAGAAUUAGAGAAAAAAGAGAAUUCACAACAAAGUGAUACAGAAGAAGAGGAAAAAGAAGAAGAAGAAACAGAAGAAAAAGAUGAUGAGCAUGCGGAGGAUGAAGAAGAGGAACUGGAUGAGGAAAUGGAUGAAGGAACUGAUUAUCUUAAUAAUUAUUUCGAUAAUGGAGAAGGUUACGACGAUGAAGACGAUAAUUUAGACGAUGGACCUAUUUAUUAAGAUAUGACUUUUUAUAAGAAUCGGAAAUUACUCUUUGUUUUCAAUUAUUGGAUUAAAAUACUUACAAGUUAUUAAUUGAGCACUGUAUGGCAAUAUGUAUAUAUCAAUUAUAUUUUCUAAAUAAAUUGAUAAAGGAUGGUAUGAUGUAUUGAAAAAAAGGAAAAUAAUUCUUUUAGAACAAUUAAAACAGUCCAAGAUCACAGGAAGCGUCGGCGUGUUCUUUAUUACGAAUAUUUCAAUUUCUAAUAUAUAAUAUAUAUAUUUAUAUAUAUAUAUAAUAUAUAUAUAGCCAUAAUAAUUUGCAAUUAUUGUAAUAAAUGAUUUUCCUCUACGAUGCAAUCGGAGAGUAAAAACGCAAUUUUUGGACGAGAAGGGGAUGCGCAAAAGUACCGUAGUGUUACGUAAUGCUUAACAUUUAUAUGCUCGCCGUGAUAGUAAUUUCUUUUUUAAUAUUUCACAUUAAGUAAUCAUUUUCUUUCCCUUUGGUUUGCUUUCAUUUACAAACAGUGAAUUUUCCUACAAAGAUCAACAUCGGUCCCAAUAUGUGCACAUUGAAUACGGGAAAGGUAUAUGAGAAAAAAAAAAUGUGAUCGUAAAAAUUGAACUCCUGAAAUUUCCAGUCGCACGUUAUCAAGUUUUUGUUAAUUAUUAAUUAUAUAAUUUAAUAUAAAAUAUCGAAAUAUUGUUGCGUUAUUUUCGGAUUCAACACUAGGAAAGUAAUUAAAUUGUUUGUGAUAAAGUGAAGAAAGUUAUAUUGAUACAUAGAUGUUAUGAUUUGGCAGUUAAUCGAAUCAUUUAAAAAUUCGUAAUUCGUAGCUUAAAAUUUCUUUCAAUUUUUUCUUGACGAAAUGUCUCUUAUGAUUUUAUCAUCUUUAUCAUUAAUUAAAUAACAAGAUGUUGAUAAAUGAUUCAAAUUCGAUAUUUUGUAACAAAUGAUUACAUAUUGAUUUAAGGAUAUAGAAUGACAUAGAAAAAAAAUAUAUUCGGAGGAACAAAUUACGUAUAUAACUAUUCUUUACUAUUCAGAUUAUGUUUGCUAUUCUUAAUAAUGAUUUCAACUUUGCAAUUGCAAAUUUUUCUCAAUCUGUUUUGUAAAAUACGAGAAAACUCGUUAUAUUUCAUUUCUUAAUUAAAUCAAAUCAUAUUUUUCUUUCUAAAAAUUUUUUUCAAAAAAAAAAGAAAAAGGAAAAAAAAAAAGAUUUACUUUUAUAAAUUUAAUAUUUUAAAAAAUUAAUAUUUUAAGAAAAGAAGAAUUAAUCUAAUCGAUGAAAAAAAAUUAAGAAAUAGUUAUUCAUAGCUAUUCGUGAUAUUAUAAAGCAUAUUCAUCAUUGUCAUUAUUCUUAUAAUAAUUGACCGUUACACGUGAUUCUCUUAUUUUGACAAAACAGGCUUUGUUUCGAUUUAUCUUCUUAAUUUUUUUGUAAAUACUAUUGUUGUUUUAAUCUAAUAUUAUUUUUUUUCAUUCGCAUUGUUUUUUUCAUAAUAUACUAUAUAAUGUAUAUAUAGAUAUAUUUGUAUAUAUAAAUAUAUAUAUAUAUAUAUAUAUAUAUAUAUAUAGCACAAUCUAUCUAUAUAUUAAUAGGCAUAAAGACUGAGGCGAGAAUACAGGCGAAAUUUUGAAACAAUAAUCAUUCAGAUACUGUAUUUUUUUAAAUAUUUUUGUUUACUUGUUUUGAAAUAAAAUGAUUUUCGCGUAUUUCUUACCAUCAGAGUCUUCAAUAGCCAAUUUUUUCUGAAUUGUAAAAAAAGAUAUUCUAAAAUACUACACUUUUAUUCAUAGUUUCUGUUUUGAAUCUUGAUUUGUUGAAUGUGGCCAGCACAUUCAUAUUUAUUAUUUCUUAUAAGAUCCAUUUGAUGAUUUUGUAAUCAUUAGAAAUAGAUCUGUCUAUGUAUAGAAAUGAGAAGAAAGGCUCGGAGCAACGGGGAGGGAAAUGUUGAAUUGAAUAAAUUUUGGUAAAGAAAACAAUUAUACGAAAUAAUAAAUCGUUUGUUUGAUUAAAAGGAAGAUUUAUCAUAAACUUUUGGUUUUUAAAUUUCCAAGCCUUUUUCUUAAACAUAUCAUCUGUACUUGUUAGAUAUGCGUGUAAUUAUAAAGUAAAACAUAAUAUAUUAAACUUUUGCCUAUCAAGACAUUAUUUAUAGUCUUGUGAAAAAUCUUACAAAUGAUUAAUAAAUCGCACUCGAUAUCGAUUAUCUAUCAAAUAGAAAUGAAUAAAUAUUUUAAUUCAAAAUGAAUAAAUAUUUAUUUUGUUUCGCAGUAUUCAUUAGGAUCUUACUUCGUUUGAAAACAGGGAAAAUCAUUUUCCUUCUGUGCCUACAUGCAUGUUUCAUGAUUCAUGUUUCAAAUCGAGAUUGAAUAUAAUGUACAUAGUAGCCAUAUAGAUGAUGAUGUGUGGCGUUCUGGAAAUCACAGGACAAAUCAGCUUCUAAAUUCGGAAAGGCAGUGUAAGCUUCUGCGAGGUGCUUCUCCAACAUAUUUAAAACGGUUACUAGCCUUGUUGAUCAACGUUUCCGUCUCCGUUUUUAUAGGCUUACACCAAACUGUUCAAGCUUUUUUUCUCUCUUUUUGCAUUCUCUUUUUUUUUAUUUUUUGAUUUAGCUAAGAAAAUAAAAAAAAAAUAAAUAUGAUUUAGUGAUACUGUUAAAAAUUUUUUAAUAAUUUUAAUAAUAACAAUAAAUAAAUAUAUGUUAUCAUAAUUGUCCUCACCUCUUUCUUUCCCUAAUAUAAUGCAAUUUGAAUAAUUAUUGUAUAACAGAGCAAUAUAGCAAAUAGCAAACCAUUAAUAAUAAUAAUACUCUAUAUAAUGCCACUGUUUUAAAUGAAUCUUUCAAGAAUAUUGAUUGAAUGAACUAUUGUAAUAGUGUUGUUUUAGUUUUUUUUGUCGUUUAGUUUUAAUUUUAAUUAUAAUCAUAUUAAAUAUUACAUUUUUUAAAUUUUCAAAACGAUUUUAAUAUAAAAUAUGUAAGUAAUUUAAAUGUUUAUUACAAUGAACGAUAAAUAGAUUAAAAUGGUGACUGCAUCGAAAACAUCUUUCGAUAUCUGAUAUAAGAUUACUAUCAUAAACAAUUUUAUGAUAUUAUGCAUAAAAAUCAUAAGAAUCAUAAUCACGAAAUUGAAUAUUAAAGACAGAUUUAAAAACGGAUCUAGAAAUCUAGACGAAUAUUUAUAAAACAAUGGAAAUAUUAUUUUAAAAUAUUAUGAUUAAAAAUAGAAAUGAUAGAAAAUUUUAUGCAAAAAUAUUCAAAUAAAUACAAGAAAUAGAAAAAAGAUAUUCAAAUAAAUAUAAGAAAUAGAAUUCAUUUAAUAAUCUAAUAAAUUAUUGAUUAAAGUCAUGCAUUUCUUCUUCUUAUUUUUCAUUUUCCAUUUCAUUUGAUAGUAUUCAUCUUUGAAUCAGACAGAUCGGUGUAAGCAGAGAUAAACGUUUCUUCUUUCUAAACACAAUCGAGGGAAGGAAAGGGAGAAUUGAGGAAAGAAGGAAAAUGGCAUGAAAUUCUUAUAAAAAAAAAAAAAAAAAAAGAAAAAAGAAUUUUAAGAUGCAAAUAUUUUCUAAUCGUACCGAUAUCUCGAACUGUUUGAGACGAUAAUACAAUCAAUGAUAAAUUUCAAUAUUUCUUUUUUCUCCACACCAUGUAAGAACCAAUAUCUUUUUUCUUCACGUCUAAAAAUUAUUUCCAAAAAUUAUUUCGAAAGAAUAGCUGCAGCUUAAAAAAAAA